CUGAGGAGAAAAACAGAAACUAAAAUUGAAGUGAGCGUGAAGCGCAGUGUCCUGAAUGAGCACGAGCGUCAAUGACAUAAGCACGAAUCUGCGCGAGCUCACAAAUCAAAGUUCGCUCAAUGAGAGGCGCGAGACGAGUGAUAUUAGAGGAGAUAGCUGAGUCUAUCUGAGUGUUGUGGAAUGAGUCGGACCGCAUCAACACUACUUUAUAACCGCUGGACUGUUAUUCCAGUGCGUUCUCCUUCUGAGCUCAGAUUUUGAGUGUUAGGCUAAUCUGGAAUGUUGGCGAGGUGGAUUUCAUCGGUUUCAGUUCGGUUAACUGUUUUGGUUUGGGUGCUCACGUUGUCAGUAACUCUUGGGUCUGGAUCAGAACUGAAGGUGAGGGUUCGUUUGGCCGAUGGACAGAUCACAGAUGAAGUUCUGGAGGCGGACAGUGAGAAAGACUCCAUCACUGUGGAGUACAAACAAGGAGAUGGGACUCUUGUAACAUUUGUGGCUGAUUUCAGACAGGAUGUGAAGAUCUUUCGGGCGCUGAUCCUGGGAGAGCUGGAGAGAGGGCAGAGCCAGUACCAGGCGCUCUGCUUCAUCACACGCCUCAACCACAAUGAUAUCAUCCCCAGUGAGUCCAUGGCCAGACUCCGACAGAAAAAUCCCCAAGCCAUCCGCACAGCGGAAGAGAAAAGAAGCACAGAGAUGCUGAGCAUGGAUGUAGUGGUCAACUUGACACGAACGUGGCAGCUCAGCGCCCACAUCCACAACAUGUGCAGCGUCGCCCGGGAGGCCGUGUACACACGCGAGGCUGACGUCAAACAUUGGCUUGAAAGAGGCAUGGAUGGCUCCAUGUUCGAGUCCCAAGCAGUGGAGGUGCCAGGCCUGCAAAGCUGUGGGACAGUUAAGGACCUGUGGCAGCCUUGCUCCUGUAGCUACAACCUCAGACUGGAGUGGUUCCCCUGCCUGCUGAAAUACUGUCGCAACAGGGACGUCUCUGGUCGGGGAAACCCUUAUAAAUGUGGCAUUAAAAGCUGCAGCAAGGGCUACCAGUUUACGUACAAUGUACCCCACAAACAACUGUGCCUAUGGGAGGAAGAGACCUAGAGCAACAUGCUUGGUUUCUUUUAAGACUAUGCUUCUAGAAAAAUGUAUUUAAUGUGACCUUUACCAAGGGUUUGUUCACCUCAAAGCCUUCAGACUCAUAGAGUUUCUACACCGAGAAGUGUGACAUUGAAAUUGUGUUUUUCCAAAUGAAUGGGUGGACAGAGGAUUGAUAGGGCCAUGAUUAAAGGCGGACUUGUCAUUAUGGCAUUUGAGUGGCACAGUGCUCUUAAUUUUGUUUCUUCAGAGCAGUCGGCCAGGCUUUUCACUAUUGGGAACUGUCAGUCCGGCAGUACGUCUCAUGGUCGGCUCUGCAUCCAAACUGGUCAGUAGGAUUUAGGUAGCUAUUCGUGUUCUUACCAUCAAGUAUAAAUAAAAAAAGUGAUUCUUGAAAUGCAGACCCAAGUGAGUUUGGGAUAAGCAAACUGUGAAUUAGUCAGUAUGUAACAAGAUGUAAUCUUUAAACUACCUGGAUCAUGUCAGGUUGCCAAUUUCCUUUUUUUCCCUUUUAGAAACUGGUAUUAUUUAUUUUGCAGUGGAAGAUGAUUGAAGACACUUAUAGUUCACCCAAAAAUGAAAAUUCUCUCAUCAUUUACUCACCCUCAUGCCAUCCCAGAUGUGUAUGACUUUCUUCUGCUGAACAUAAAGAUUUUUAGAAGAAUAUUUCAGCUCUCUAGGUAUAUACAAUGCAAGUGAAUGGGUCACAUUUUGAAUAUCCAAAAAGCACAUAAAGGCAGUAUAAAAGUAAUCCAUAAGACUCCAGUGGUUAAAUCCAUGUUUUCAGAAGUGAUAUGAUAGUUAUGGGUGAGAAACAGAUCAAUAUUUAAGUCCUUUUUUUACCAUAAAUUCUCUUCCCUGCCCAGUAGGUGGCGAUAUGCACGAAGAACGCGAAUUGCCAAAAACAAAAGCAUGUGAAUGUGAAAGUGGGGAUUGAUCAAAUAAAAGGACUUCAGUAUUAAUCUGUUUCUCACCCACACCUUUCAUAUCACUUCUGAAGACAUGGAUUUAACCACUGGAGUCUUAUGGAUUACUUUUACGCUGCCUUUGUGAUUUUUGGGCUUCAAUGUUUUGGUACCAAUUCACUUGCACCGUAUGGACCUACAGAGCUGAAAUAUUCACACACACACACACACACACACACACACACACACAAAUGGUUUGUGUUCAGCAGAAGAAAGAAAAGUCAAACAUAUCUGGGAUGGCAUGAGGGUGAGUUGAUGAGAGAAUUUUUAUUUUUAGGUGAAAUGUACCUUUAAGCACAGUGCACAUGUUCAGAUAAAAUGCCCUUUUUUCAUGCUCAUUUCCCUUGUAUGCUGAUAGUAUGUUCUGACUGUUAGAUUAAGGGCACUGUAUUACGUUCAUUGUAGAUAUAUGCUUUGAUUUAUGUUGGUACAGAUGGAAAACACUAUUUGUUGAAUCAUUCUGUUUUCAUUUGAUUCCGUCAGAUUCAAUCAUGUGAAUUAUUUCACCUCAAGUCUUAAUGCUGGCAACAAUUUGAGAUUCUAACGACUGUGUGCGCGUGUGUAUGUAUGUAUGAGUGUUCAUUUUCACAUGGACAGACUUGUGUAUUUGUGCUUGCAUUGUAUGGUAUCAUAACCGUAUAAUUUAAGGACCACUGGGAUCAAUAUGAGCUCUGUUAUGUAGUGUGUCCCUGUUUAAACAAAGUUAACAAUUUGAGGUAUGGAUAAGUAGCUAUAUACACUACAGUUGGGAACAGUAAACUUUGCAAAAGUAACACAAGGAAACCAAAGUAACAUGUCCAGUGAAGUGUAUGUUCUAACAAAACACAGAGACGUGAAAAUGCAGAGAAAGAAGUACAAGGCAAUAGUUAUCCUUUACUUAUAGAACUUCUGCUUAGAUCUUCGCUGCUGUAUAGCCAACACUGCCAUCUUCUGGUUAUGCAACAUUACUGUCAAUAUCAGUUUGAACCUCAGAACAUCAGCAGAGCUGUAAAACCUUCUUAAAUUUGAUUAAUAUAUUUUUAAGCAGGAACAGCCGUUUGUGUGGUAUUAAAUGCCAUUAAAGAUUUCUCAGCUUAAGAAAUUGCUUUCAUUAAACAGGACCAAAUCCACAUGCUGAGCACUAUCAUGAAGAAAAACUGUGUUUUAUCAUUUUUAUCCAUAAUUCCCUUCUUUUACCUUCAACACAUGAUAUGCCUCUUUCACAGUGAGAAUUUUAACAUUUUACAUACCACAUUUGACUUGGGUGUAGUUCAUGGUACUAAAAUGUUCAAAUUGAUUUAUACAAUUUUUGUUUGUGUUAUGUUAAAAGUGUAGUUUGAGAUUAUACCUCCCCCUAACAUCUCAGUAACUGAAACCACACCAACCAACAGUCAUUGUUUGGAAUAUAAGUGCCUUUGGUGAUGCAGUGUAUACUGAUUUUCUUUUUUUUUUUUUUUUUUAAGGAUAAAGCUGUAAUGAAUAAAGUAUGAAAACUAUUUUCCUAUGAUUAUGAGCAUAAUAUGAAGUAAAUUUAAAU